GAAGUAUCAUUUUCCAACACACCGCAUCAGGAGGAAAACCCCGCCUCUUACACCCACUACUAAUUAGCAUACUAUUCUACAAAACUGACAAGCAGCACCAUGGGCUCAUCACUUGUGAAUUUCUGCUUUCCACAGCUCUCAUUCCUGCAGAGAAUGAGUUUGAGCCACAUGGAGAAUAUGCCUUUAGGCCAUUCACGUCCUCAAGGAGCACAGAGACCAUCCUGGAAGAAGUGGCUCCUCUACUCGACAGUCAUUGUUUUGCUAUUACUUUGCUCCUUCAGUGCACUAAUCUUUACUUUUCUUCCACUCAAGACUGCCCAGGGACCCUGUGUAGCGAAGUUUGGACCAUUACCUUCAAAAUGGCAAAUGCCCUCUCCUGAACCUUCUUGUGUGAAUAAGACAGCUGACUGGAGGCUGAAGAUACUUCAGAAUGGUUUAUAUUUAAUUUAUGGCCAAGUAGCUCCCAAUACAGCCUACAAGGGACGAGCUCCUUUUGAGGUGCAGCUGCGUAAGAAUGAAGACCCCAUACAAGCUCUAACCAACAACUCUACGAUCCAGAAUGUAGGAGGGGCUUACGAAUUCCACGCUGGAGAUGUAAUAGACUUGAUAUUCAAUGCUGAGCAUCAGAUUCUGAAAAAUAAGACAUAUUGGGGGAUCUUUCUACUUGCAAAUUCCCAAUUCAUCUCCUAGAGACUUGAUUCAGUCUCCUUGUCUUCGUUGGCACUUGCAGAGACAUCAGUGCAUAGGCUGGACAAGGAAGAUUUUCAGUCUCUACAGUUCUUCUGAGUAUACAAAUCAACAGAAACAGAACUCCUUGCAUGUGAAUUUUCUUUUCUCAUGCCUAUCUGAAUGAGACUCAGAAGAAGGACAAAAGACAUUUGGUAACCCUUGAUGUUAGAUCAGCAAAGACAGUUUUAUUAGUUCAUGAAAUGAAUAUGGGUGGCUAGAGGACAGAAUCUUCUCCAAGUGUCUUUGUCUAACCCUUGAAUCUCUGGGUAGAAAAAUGAAGUCUUGUCUUAUAUGCAGAAAAGAUCCAGGGCAGUAACCUGCCCUUGUUCUCAUAUUCUUGGACUGUGGAUUGCUUGACUUCAUUCUUCCCAUAUUCCUAUCUUCUGAGACCCUCCUAAUAAAAUAGUAGUCAGACUUGGAGGGUGGCCACUGCUAUGCCAGCAAUACCCCACUUUACAUCUGAUGGCAUGAGGGGACAGAGACACCUCUGGAGAACUAUUGGGACAGAGACACAGGUGGCAUUAGAAUGGGAUGCACUUUAUUCGGGAAUUUUUCUUAAUUUAAUCACACUCAGGAUGCUUGGUGCUUUAUAAAAACAGCUGGUCAAAAGGGUCAUUCUGAACCUUUACAUAGGGCUUCAUGAGAACUUGUUUGUCUAUGUGCCUAAACAUGGCCGAUGGUAAAGAAAGAGUAAUCAUUACUAAUCAUAAGAUUUAACCAUAGAAAUUGAUAUUACCAGUACUGUAUUUUUUCAUGUCAUGAUUCUGUAUUUUUAGCUAGCUAGGCAGUUUGCAAAGUACUUUCAUAUAUCAUAUGGCAACUCUAGAAAGUUAACAGGGCAGAUAUUUUGGCACAAUUUUAACAUUGAGAAUAUGGAGGCAGGUGGACCAUAGGUAACUUGCUUCACCCCACAGAACGAGGGAUUAACAAGGGGCCUUGGGGCUUCCCACUGUAUCACAUUAUUUUAGCUUUAGGGUGGUGUUUCUGCUCUCAUGCUGGAUGUCUAUAAAGUUUAGCAGAUUAGAUCUUCAAGGGGUAUAUAGUCCCUUGGCAGAUAGAGGGAAGCUACACCAGUGCCUUCCUUUCUCAAACACUUCUUUUCCUUUCCUUACCUGGAAUCAGGAGCAUGGGCUGUUGUUCAGGACUGACUUCAACCAAACUCCCUCCCUCACUUUGUAAAGCCUGUCUUGGUUAAAUGUAUUAAGUUCCAAAAAUAAUGAAUAGCAUUCAAUUCAAUGAUGGUCUGCUAAAGUUUUGGACUCUACAAAAUUAACUAGCUGCUUACGGGUUCUUGUUGAAAGGUAUGUAAUAUGAUUACAUGAUAACCCAGUUUAAGAUAUUUAUGGAUAUUUGUAAAAAGCUAUAAUAUGUUAAUAAUAUCACCAUAUAAAGCUAAUUUAAAAAUAUUUGUAUUGUCUGCUUAGGAGCAAACUAAGCCUGAGGCCAAGGUGCUUCUUAGUUUUUUUUUUUUUUAAUGAAAUCUGUUGAGUACUUGUUGGGCCAAAGACUUGGAUGCCUGGUUCCUCUUGCAUCUGUAUAUUUUCUCAGGAAAUUAAAGUUAUAUGACAUAUA